GGAAAUGUGUUGCAAGAAUCCGUUUACGCGAAGAUCCGCCAAAACUUGCCAAAUUUAGAUUUAACGAGAUUCGCAAGAAAUGGCCGAAGAACCAACGUUUUCAACUUCAUUUCAUCAAUGUCAUCAACUUCGAUUUAUAAGGACACCCACCAUAGCUAUGGACGGGACUCGUGUCGCUAUAUCGAAAACUGGCGGGCAUUUUCAGACUUCUGAUUGGCCUACGGGUUGAACAUUCUCGAAGGUUCGCGCGUGACGUCACAACGAAAUUGAACAAAAGCAAAUUUCCGGGGAGCCGGCAGAUCACUCGUUCGCUAGCUGCGUGGUUCAGAGCUUGAAGUUCGUGUGUAUGAUUAUUUAUUUUCGAAGCGCACAGAAAUCAGUAUCCAACCGCUAGGCCAAGCAAAAUGGCAAAGACCCCCGCAAUCGGCAUCGACCUGGGAACAACUUACUCGUGCGUGGGAGUGUUCCAGCAUGGCAAAGUUGAGAUCAUUGCUAACGAUCAGGGAAACCGAACCACGCCGUCGUAUGUAGCGUUCACCGACACUGAGCGUCUCAUUGGAGACGCUGCCAAGAACCAGGUUGCCAUGAACCCUAGCAACACCGUAUUUGAUGCCAAGCGUCUCAUCGGCCGCCGCUUCGACGACAGCGCCGUCCAGUCAGAUAUGAAGCAUUGGUCAUUUGACGUAGUAAACGACGGGGGCAAACCAAAAAUCAAGGUGGAUUUCAAAGGAGAGUCUAAGACUUUUUUCCCAGAGGAGAUCUCAUCAAUGGUGUUGACAAAAAUGAAGGAGAUCGCUGAGGCGUACCUGGGCACUUCUGUUUCUCACGCCGUAAUCACAGUGCCUGCGUACUUCAAUGAUUCCCAGCGUCAGGCAACCAAGGAUGCCGGAACCAUUGCUGGUUUAAAUGUGCUCCGCAUUAUUAACGAGCCGACAGCUGCUGCCAUUGCCUAUGGUCUAGAUAAGAAAGGAUCAGGUGAACGUAACGUCCUUAUCUUCGAUCUGGGCGGCGGCACUUUCGACGUGUCAAUUUUAACUAUUGAAGAUGGCAUUUUUGAAGUCAAAUCAACUGCAGGUGAUACGCAUUUGGGAGGAGAAGAUUUUGAUAACCGCAUGGUAAACCAUUUUGUACAAGAAUUCAAGCGAAAACAUAAGAAAGACUUGACUUCAAAUAAGAGGGCUUUGCGUCGUCUCCGUACCGCUUGCGAGCGUGCAAAACGGACAUUGUCAUCGUCGACUCAAGCUUCUAUCGAAAUUGACUCUCUAUUUGAUGGAGUCGAUUUUUAUUCGACUAUCACGCGUGCGCGCUUUGAAGAGCUUUGCUCGGAUCUUUUCCGUUCUACCCUUGAGCCGGUUGAAAAGGCUCUGCGCGAUGCGAAGAUGGAUAAGUCUGCGGUGCACGAUAUUGUACUCGUUGGAGGUUCAACUCGCAUUCCACGUAUUCAGAAAUUGCUUCAAGACUUUUUCAAUGGCAAGGAGCUUAAUAAAUCAAUCAAUCCCGAUGAAGCCGUUGCGUACGGAGCGGCGGUACAAGCUGCUAUUUUAAUGGGUGAUAAGUCGGAAGCUGUUCAAGACCUACUUUUGCUUGAUGUGACACCUUUGUCCCUUGGUAUCGAGACCGCCGGCGGUGUUAUGACCGUUCUUAUUAAACGAAAUACUACUAUACCAACACGUCAGACUCAAACAUUUACGACAUACUCAGACAAUCAGCCUGGUGUGCUGAUUCAGGUUUACGAGGGAGAACGCGCUAUGACGAAAGACAACAACCUUCUAGGUAAAUUCGAGCUUACGGGUAUUCCGCCUGCACCUCGUGGUGUACCACAGAUUGAGGUUACAUUUGACAUUGACGCCAAUGGAAUCCUUAACGUGUCGGCAGCUGACAAGUCGACUGGAAAGGAAAACAAGAUCACGAUUACAAACGAUAAGGGUCGUCUUUCUAAAGAGGAUAUUGAACGUAUGGUCAAGGAAGCCGAGCAGUAUAAGGAUGAAGACGACAAGCAGAAGAACAAGAUUGCUGCGAAAAAUGCGCUUGAGGGAUAUUGCUACACAAUGAAAGGCACUUUCGAGGAUGACGGAAUUAAAGACAAGGUUUCCGAAGAAGAUAGAAAGACUGUGCUGGAUAAAAUUGAGGAAACCGUUAAAUGGCUGGAUGCCAAUCAGCUCGGAGAAUCCGAAGAAUUCGAGCAUAAGCAGAAAGAGCUUGAGCAAAUCUUCAACCCUAUAGUAACGAAAAUGUACCAGGCAGGAGGAGGCAUGCCCGGAGCGGGUAUGCCCAGCGCCGGUGGUGCUACCACCACUGGAGGAGCACCCGGCACCGGAACCGGAGCAGGUCCGACUAUUGAAGAAGUAGAUUAAUAAUUGUAGGAACAGCAAUUGGUCAGCGUACGUGCUUUCUACCGAUGUAGAUGCUAACCAUUGAACACCUCAAAUUCUCCUCGCCACCUCCUCUGUACAUUGCUCUUUCUGAAAUGCAAAGAUUACACGAACGCUGAAGAAAAUUGAGGAUAAAUAAAUUAUGUUCAUUUUUUGUUGCAUUGCUAAGGGAAAA